AUGCAGAGUGGAUCUAUGACACACCUGUUCUCUCUGAUGUCGAAGCCAAACCGAGGCAGCUCCUCAUUAAGCUAAGGCAUGGUGGUAAUAUACUUGGUACUGAUGAGUAAAACUCUGGGUAUUUAGUCGCUAAAACCAUAGCUGGGAAUUGCAAAACCUGAUUAGGCAUGUGCCUCCAAAGAUGGGAAAGCUGUUAACUUAUUAUAGAUACUGCUGCUGGCAUGCUUGGGAAGUAAGAUCCUCCUGUUCAGCUGGGGUGCAUUCACUCAUUGAUAGCGGAAAGCUUAAGCUCGGAGAAAUUGUUGCAAUAAUUUGGCCAGUGUUCGGAGCAAAUGGAAAAGACAACAUAAAGGUUCAUCAUGUGCUCAACCACACCUCUGGUCUGCACAAUGCAUUAGCUAACAUUAUGUCAGAAAAUCCUCCAUUACUGUGCGGAAGGGACGGAUGUUUUUAUCCUUUGAUUCGGCUUUGCGGUGGGUUUAUCGAGGUAUUUAUUAAAUUGUACAUUAUUAACUUUAUCAAGCAUUAGAGGUGCGGAAGCAUAGAUCACGGGGUUUAGAUGUAGUUCUGAUCUGUUUAACAAAAGGCGUGGGUCUUAAAUCAUCAUUACAGCACACAAUUAAAGAUCAAAACGAUCUCAUGGCAUCUUAAACACAUUCUGUUGUUUAUCUCCAUCUACUGGCACUGAGAAGAUGCUACAGAAACAAAACAACAACCCAG